UCCAGCCUUCAGAAACGGGUUAUAAUUGUAGUGUGUGAAAAAUAUUUUCUUCCCGCGAAGGAUAGUUUGCUGCAUUUAUUGGUUUUUUUAAAAGGCGAAAGUAUGCGUUGACGGACUCAUCCAUCCUUGUUAUUAAAUCAUCAUGGUAGCUAGUGCUAGGAUAACGAACUUGUUAGCCUACACAAGUCUUACAGUGUCCCGCGUGUCUUACCUUGGAAAUGGUAAUUUGCGAUACCAUUGGUUGCUAUCCAGAAACACUUCACUUCUCCAACUUCGCAGCAAGCAGAUUCAGACAGCUGUACCUAGUAUCACAUCCAAUGUCAGUGUACCCAAGGAAAACAUACCCACUGCUGACACACUGGUUAGGCCAGACCUUGAAGGUCUCUAUGAAGACAUCCGAGAGGGUCUGAACAACACACAGCCUGACCUGAGGCAAAUAGCCCAGUACUAUUUCAAUGGAGAGGGUAAAGCUGUCCGACCAGUCAUCACCAUGUGUAUGGCUAGAGCAAUUAACUAUCAUCUAGAUCAAACCUCACCGACUGUGAUUCAAAAACAGAAGAAGAUUGCACAAAUAGCUGAAAUGAUUCAUACGGCGUCCUUGGUUCAUGAUGACGUAAUAGACAUCGCGGAUAGCAGAAGAAGUAGACCAUCAGUCAACAUUCUCUGGGGACAGAAGAAAUCGAUCAUAGCUGGAGAUUUCAUUCUCUCCGUGGCUUCCGGCAUGCUAGCACGGCUUCAAAACCAGCAAGUCAUCGUCUUGUUAUCACAGGUUCUCGCCGAUUUAGUUCAGGGAGAAUUCAUGCAAUUGGGCGCACGAGAAAAUACAGAUGAGAGAUUCGCGCAUUAUUCCGAAAAAACAUUUAAGAAAACUGCUAGCUUAAUUGCCUAUAGUUGCCAAGCGGUCUCAGUACUUUCUGGAGCCGAUUCCACCUUACAGUCUAUCGCCUUUCAAUAUGGCCGCCAGUUAGGAAUGGCAUUUCAACUGGUUGACGACUUACUCGAUUUCAUCGCCACAUCAGCUCAAGUUGGAAAACCGGUAGCUGCCGAUUUGCGUCUUGGUUUGGCAACCGCACCUGUUCUGUUUGCAGCACAGAAGUUUCCUGAGUUAAACCCGCUGAUUAUGCGUCGAUUUCAAGAGCCCGGGGACGCCGAAACCGCCUUUCGUUUGGUGCUCCGUUCAGACGGGUUGCAACGGACAAAAGAAUUGGCACGCCAAUAUUGUAACGACGCUGUAACUCAAGUUGCUCAGCUGACCCCUUCCCCCUACCAGCAAGCCUUAGUCACAUUAGCUCAUCAAAUAUUACAUAGAAUGAAAUAAAAAAAAAUGCUAAGAGAUGACUCUUUUAGUUCCCCGAGGAUGUGUAUUCCCGGGUUGUUACGUAGUUUGACAUUUUAAUUAAAAAUGUGGUGUAACUUUAA